AUCGCGUCCCUGCAAUUCGAUCUUUAAUCUUGCCACAGCAUCUCCUGUUAUCACUUGAGUACAAAGACACUACUUUUGUCCAUUCGUUGAUCCUUUCUCCAUAUUCAGAUCCAUUCCUUCCCUCUUUCAUUGCCAGGGUCUAAACUACGGUCGUUGUCUUUCAGAACUGCAGCCACCCAAAACAGUAACCUCAACGUUACUUCCUUCCACUCUCUCGUCUCGAAUUAUCCAGACAGCAAUGGCUCCUACUGCCACUUCUACCGUCGCCGGCCUUGAGGCUGAGGACCAUGCCAGAGAUGCAGCCUUCAACAAGGCCCUGCAUGGCAAGUCUUCACAGGCACGAGGAGGGUUUGCUGCCAUGCGCGGGAAAGAUAAGGCCGCUCAAAAGGCAGCAGUGGAUGAAUAUUUCAAACAUUGGGACAACAAAGCCGCAGCUACUGAGACCGAGGAGACGCGUAAAGCUCGAAGGGACGAAUACGCAACGUUGACCAGACACUACUACAACCUUGCCACGGAUCUCUACGAAUAUGGAUGGGGAACUUCAUUCCAUUUCUGCCGAUUCGCUGUCCGAGAACCCUUUUACCAGGCCAUCGCGCGUCACGAACACUACUUGGCGUUGAAGAUGAACAUCCAGGAGAAUGCGCGGGUUCUGGACGUCGGGUGUGGUGUGGGUGGACCUGCACGAGAAAUCAUCAAGUUCACUGGUGCCAACGUGACGGGACUGAACAACAACGACUAUCAGAUCGAGCGGUCGUUGCGAUAUGCCAAAAAGGAAGGCCUUGAGGACAAGUGGAGCGCGGUCAAGGGCGAUUUUAUGCAAAUGUCCUUUCCCGAGAACUCGUUUGACGCCGUUUAUGCGAUCGAAGCGACGGUGCAUGCUCCCAGCCUGCAAGGCGUCUAUGAGCAAAUCUUCAAGGUCCUCAAGCCUGGUGGAGUUUUUGGAGUUUACGAAUGGCUCAUGACGGACAAAUACGAUAACGACAAUCCUCAUCACCGUGAAAUUCGACUGGGUAUUGAGCAGGGAGACGGCAUCUCCAACAUGGUCAAAGUCUCUGAGGGUCUAGCGGCCAUCAAGGCAGCCGGGUUUGAGCUUGAGUUCCACGAGGAUCUGGCAGAAAGACCAGAUCCGAUUCCUUGGUAUUAUCCUCUCGCCGGAGACUUGAGAUAUGUGGCUUCGCUGGGAGACUUGUUCACUAUUGGCCGCAUGACAUGGUGGGGAAGAGGUCUGAUCCACAAGUUUAUCGGUUUGGGAGAAACACUGCGAGUGAUGCCACAAGGUACACAGAAGACGGCCGAUAGCUUGGCCUUGGCCGCAGAUUGUCUGGUGGCAGGAGGUCGGGAGAAACUUUUUACACCCAUGUAUUUGAUCGUGGCUCGGAAACCAGCCGCAUAGAGGCAGGCUUCUGAUUGCGUUUGGCGUCGGACAGGAUAGUAGUUACAGACUGGGAGCUCACCAUACAUCAUGUACAUAGUUGGGUUGGAGCUUGAUAGAUUGUUGAGGAUAAUAAUGUAGCAUUCUCAAGGACAACUGGGUUAUGGAGAGUCAUAGGCGUGAUGAAAUCUCGAGAGUGGUCAUGCUCAAUGGGACUCACCGGUUCAAUUUAUCAAACUCUAGGUGCCUGGAAUGGGAAAUGGUG